AUGGGUUGCUGUCCCACGGACUGUUUCAACUGCUGUGGCGGCUGCCAACAGGACCAGUCCGGGGAAUGCUGUGAGAUGUGCUGCUGCCAACCCAGCUGCUGUGGCUGCUGUGGGUCCAGUUGCUGCGGUGGUUCCGGCUGCGGUGGCUCCAGCUGUGGUGGCUCUGACUGUUGUGGCUCCGGCUGCGGUGGCUGCGGAGGCUGCGGAAGCAGCUGCUGUGGCUCUGGCUGUGGGGGGUGCGGCUCUGGUUGCUGCGGGUCAGGUUGCUGUGGCGGGUCCGGGUGCUGUGGGUGCUGCUGUGGGCCAGUUUGUUGCCAACCAACACCUGUGUGUGACACGAAAUGA